GUGCAAGAUGCGUGCGAUCCUAGCGUCGUUGGCCUUCCUGGCGGCCGCCACGACUGCGGUACAAUCGGAUGGCAGAGCGCGCAUCGUAUGCUACUUCAGCAACUGGGCGGUGUACCGGCCCGGCGUCGGCCGCUACGGCAUCGAAGACAUCCCCGUCGACCUGUGCACGCACAUCAUCUACUCCUUCAUCGGCGUCACGGAGAAAACACACGAGGUUCUCAUUAUCGACCCUGAGCUUGACGUGGACAAGAGUGGGUUCCGCAAUUUCACAUCGCUGCGCGCGUCCCAUCCCAACGUGAAGUUCAUGGUGGCCGUGGGUGGCUGGGCCGAGGGCGGUUCCAAGUACUCACACAUGGUCGCGCAGACUAGCUCGAGGCUAACGUUUGUAAGGAGCGUGGUUGACUUCCUCAACAAAUACAAGUUCGACGGGCUGGACUUGGACUGGGAGUACCCGGGCGCGGCGGACCGCGGCGGCUCGUUCUCGGACAAGGACCGCUUCCUGUACCUGGUGCAGGAGCUGCGGCGCGCCUUCCUCCGCGCCGGCAAGGGCUGGGAGCUCACCGCCGCCGUGCCGCUCGCCAACUUCAGGCUCAUGGAGGGCUACCACGUCCCCGACCUGUGCCAGGAGCUGGACGCGAUCCACGUGAUGUCGUACGACCUCCGCGGCAACUGGGCCGGCUUCGCCGACGUGCACUCCCCCUUGUACAGGCGUCCGCACGACCAAUGGGCGUAUGAAAAACUCAAUGUGAAUGAUGGGCUGAACCUCUGGGAAGAAAAAGGCUGCCCGUCCAACAAGCUGGUUGUCGGCAUUCCGUUCUACGGACGCUCGUUCACCCUGUCCGCCGGAAAUAACAACUACAACCUCGGCACCUACAUCAACAAGGAGGCCGGCGGCGGAGACCCUGCGCCCUACACCAAUGCCACUGGAUUCUGGGCCUAUUAUGAGAUUUGCACCGAAGUAGACGCCAAAGAUUCAGGCUGGACCAAAAAGUGGGAUGAAGCCGGCAAGUGCCCCUACGCUUACAGAGGCACCCAGUGGGUGGGAUACGAAGACCCUCGCAGUGUGGAGAUCAAGAUGAACUGGAUCAAAGAGAAAGGCUACCUCGGCGCCAUGACUUGGGCUAUUGACAUGGACGAUUUCAAGGGGCUUUGUGGUGACGAAAAUCCUUUGAUGAAGCUUUUGCAUAAACACAUGAGCUCUUAUACUGUGCCGCCUCCUCGUACUGGACAUACUACACCUACUCCGGAAUGGGCCCGCCCUCCAUCAACCGCCGCUAACCCAUCAGAAGGCGCUCCCAUCGUCACAACAACAACAACCUCGAGACCCGCGCCGGCCAAACCCGCGACCACCGUCCGGCCUGUUUCGAGACCAGUCACUACUGCUGCUCCCACCACUACCACGUCAGCACCUGUAAAGGAACCUGAGACACCAGCAAUUAUCACGCCGGAGAAACCAGAUAUUGAAGAACCCCCGACGGAUAACGAAGUUGACAACCAUAAUGUAUGCGACAAUGAAGAGGACUAUAUUCCGGACAAAAAGAAGUGUGACAAGUACUGGCGGUGUGUCAACGGAGAGGGGGUGCAGUUUACAUGCCAGCCGGGCACUAUGUUCAAUGUCAAACUGAACGUGUGUGACUGGCCAGAUAGUGCCAACCGAAACGACUGCCAGGCGUGAAAUAAAACUACGUGUGUAAGACCGAUU